ACAGUCAGGCAGGUAGAGCGAGACAUUCCACUAGUUAUUUCUGUGAUCCUGUGAUACUGUACACACACAACACAAGCUCUCAGGUGAACAUGGCGAAAGUACGACUCCUCUUCUUUCUGCUGGGAGUUAUAGGUCCUGGCGGGGGCACACUGUUGUUUGAUGGACUGCCUAACUCUACGACCAUUCGGGAAAACACCCCUGCUGGCACCCGGGUGUAUUCAUUCUCAGUCAAUUCUACAGUGGGCUUAUUUGUAACUCCUGAAAUAAUAAACUCUAGUCCUCUCACUACAGCCUUUAGAGUUGAUUCCAGUCCCCCUCUAUAUUAUGUCGUCGUAACUGGCAAUCCAGUCCUUGAUUUUGAAACAAUGCCUAAUAGUUUUGAGUUACAAAUAUAUAUGGAAGACUCAUCAGGAACAACUCAACUACAAAUUUUAACUGUGCAGCUCACCAAUGUCAACGAGCCUCCCGUGUUCCUGGGCAACCUGGCAAAUCAAGUUGUGACAGUUUACAUCGUAGAAGGAUCACCUAUAGGGCCAAUAUAUCGGGUUUUGGCAUCUGACCCUGAAGAUUUAAAUCCUCUGCAGUUGUCGCUGGCUCCUGCUUCUGCCCCAUUUACUGUACCAUCUACUGCCCCGGGAGACAUUCGGUCUACAAAAGUAUUUGAUUACGAGACUGACCCACACAGUUAUACUUUGACUGUGACAGUGACGGACUCAGGAGGAUUGUCUGUAAACGGGAGUGUAAUAGUCUAUAUAACGAACAUCAACGAUGAAACACCAUACUUCACUAUAACAAAUACAUCAUUUUCCAUUCCCGAAGAACAGAGUCCAGGAACUAUCCUUACCACUAUAACAGCAGUGGACCCAGAUGCUGCUGGAUUUGUUAAUACACUAUACUACAGCAUCACUACACCAAACCAGUAUUUCUCCAUCAAUGAGCUGACUGGUACAAUCCAGAUUGCAAAGACAAUAGACCGUGAUGCUGGCCCGUUCAGGCUUAAUCCAUUUAUAACAUUGGAAAUCAAAGUUAUUGACCGUCCAGGUACAGGCCAGGCAAACUCUACAAGAAUAAGCAUCACCAUUCAGGAUAUAAAUGACAACCCACCAGUUUGUGCAGCAUAUGCAUUCAGCGUGGCAGUUUCAGAGAAUGCAUCAUAUGGGUCCCUUAUAUAUGAUCUUAGUAAUAUGUGCAAAGACAUUGAUGUGGACACACAAAACAAUGUAUUCAACUUUACUGGAUUGUCAGGUCUUGGAAGCAAUCAACGAUUCCAACUUGACCCAUCAGGAUCUGGAAAAAUUGUGUUGAUAGGUAACUUGGACUUUGAAAACCCAAAUAAUAUUGCUGUUGGCAAUGAAUAUAGUCUAACGGUUUCAGUACAGGACAUCGCUUACCCAUAUUACAGUCAAAAUAUUUAUGUUUAUGUGAAAACAAUACCAGUCGAUGAAUAUCCCCCGGUAUUUAACAGCUCUUCCUAUGUGUUUAACAUUUCAGAACUCUCACCACCUUCCACAAUGGUUGGUCAAGUCUAUGCUACAGAAGCAGACUACCCCUACAUCGGUAUCACAUACACACUUGUAGCUGGUGGCAGCACACAGGGCGCGAUAAGCAUCUUCUGGUUGAAUCCAACAACAGGUCAACUGCUACUUGCUAAUUAUGCAGAUUAUGAGACUACUCCAAAAUAUCAACUUACAAUACAAGCUACAGAUUCUGCAUCAAAGACUUCUACAACCUCAGUAACAGUGAAUAUAUUAGAAGCUAAUGAUGAAAAACCCAUAUGUAAGCCAAAUUCCUACACAUUGUCUGUACCAGUGACUCAAGCAACAGGAACAAAUAUUCAGAAUUUUAAGCUGACUUGUGAAGAUCGAGAUUCUGGACCCACAUCAUUCCAGUAUUUCAUCAAUUCAGGUAAUAUAAACAACCAUUUUACGUUCUCACCUACGGCUGGGUCCAACGUCUCUCGUCUAAUCCUUGCCAACCCAUUUGAUUACACCAAUGGUGGAGACCAAACUUGGAAUUACAAGUUGCUAGUUUAUAUUACUGAUGGCAAUUUAAUAUCUAGUUCACCUCAACCAGUAGGCCUUAUUCAGACUGGCACCGUGACUUUAUAUAUUAAUGUCUAUAUUCCUGGCUUGACUACCACUAUAACAACUACUACACCUAGAGUUAUCUAUGUAGUGAAUAAAGAAAAUGUGUAUUCGGGGGCUGCAUGGUAUGUGCCUUUUGUGGCCACGGUUGGCUGUUUGCUCCUUCUUGGCUUGCUCGGGCUCUUGGGUUACCUCAUUGCAAAAUACUGUCCAUGCAGAACCACUCCCAAGCCAGAUACUGAAAUGCUAAUAAAACCAGUUGAAAAGAAGUUGAAGCAAGAUGUUGUGUGGGAAAUGACUAAAAUGAACACAGUCUUUGAUGGAGAGGCUAUAGAUCCAAUUACAGGAAAUGUUUAUGAAUAUAAUACCAAAUCUGGUGCCAGAAGAUGGAAAGACACAAAGCAGCCUAUAAUGACACCUCAAGGUCCACAGCAAACAGCAGUCGGUCCCGCUGAUCCUACAGCCCCACCGCCAACAUUACGUGGUACACCCAACAAGACGGAAAAAACACCCACCAGGGAAGAUGAUGGAAAGAAUGCUACAAAACCUGCAACACCUAAAAGACUUCAAACUCCUAACCAAACAUCACCCAUUAUGCAGCCUGGAAGUAAAAGUCCUGCCAGCAGGGCUCCAGUGUCACCAAGGCUCUAUCCAAAAGUGUCUCCUAAAAUACCCCAAACUCCUAUACAGUAAAGUGAGCAAAGGUUAUUGUUAAAAAUAUAGAAAAAAUGCCACUCUGUAAGUGAAUUGCUAAGUUGCAAGCAACUACAUGCUAAACCUCAUACGCAUAGGAAAUUCAACUGUUUAUCAAAGCAUACAAAAGAAAAAAAAGAAAUACUUUGUAACAUGACAGAAACAAAAACAAAGUUAAUCUCAAGUUAUGAAAAGUGUAAAAAAGAACCUUGCGCCAAUUGUUCAAAAAAUUAUAAAUUAUCUCAAAUUUGUAGAAAAAAUCUAGCUGCUCCCCAAACAAAAUGGACCAACCACUGUGCAAAUUGGAAAAAAGGUGAUAGGGGGCGCUUAUUACAUCUAAUAUGUACACUGUAAUAAUCCAUGAUAUAUGGUCUUAUUACAGUGUACACAUUAGAUUUAAUUAGCGCCCCCUAUCACCUUUUUUCAAAUCUCAAGGUUAGCAAAACAUAAAUUAACUUUCACUACAGUAUAAACUGGCAACUCCAAAUAUGGAUGGGAAUUCCAAGUGGAUCUAGAAUAAACAUAAAAAGAUAGGGGCGCAGAAGAGUCCUCAUUGUUUAUAUUGUUUUAUGCGCCCAAUAAACUAUCAAUAGAAACUCCACUCACAAGCGAGUUAGAGAAGUAGGAAACCAUGUAUUUGCGCCGAUGAUAGAACCAAGGGGGACAACUUCAUGGAGAUAGUUAGUCAGCUGUUUGCCUACGUGUGAAGCCGCACUGAGCCUCACAACCUGCCGGUCUGUGUAAUCAGAACAAAAUACAUCCAUUCUCCUCCUCUCUUCCUUACUGCAUUGGCAGAUGAGAUUCAUCUUGAGGAAGACCUCCCCUUCCUCAGCCUACCCACUACAGGAGUGGCUGAGGAAGGGGAGGCCUUGCCUGAAACACGUCCCAUCUGCCAUUAUAGUAAGGAGAAAAGGAGCAGAAUGGUUGGCUUUUUCCCUGGUUACAGAGACCAGCUAGCUGUUAGGCUUAGGGCAGCUUCACACACAGGCAAGCGGCUGACACAGACUCUGACUCUACAUGCACAUUUUGAGUUUGGAACAUACCCCUGUAGAAUUCUGCUCUGUUAUAUAUCCCUUGUAUGGCAAUGCUUUAAACUUUUUGAGCGCUAGGUACAGCUAUUGUCCAUUUUUAAAGCUAGUGAAUAUGCUAUAAUUAUUUUACAUGGAAUCAGUGAGAAAUAAGAAUACAUGUCUUCUAAUUUUUGUUUGUAUAAAAUAAAUGAGAAGUGUUAGCUAC